AUGCAGUUUAAUGUAGGUCUAUGUGCGGGCGCAGCCAGUGAACCGGUUAUUGUUCCCAAGCACCUGUAUUCGCCCACGUACUUGUUGCGCAUCAGACGGGGCAACAGCUUCGAGCUCGCAACAUUUCUCGUGUCUCUCCUCCUCGGUCUCGGUUACAACGCUUACGUCGUCAGUGGCUAUGCCUCCAGGGAGCAAACGCUUUGCGAUCGGCGGAUGCUGCCUUGCCCGUACUUGCCUCGUGAAAAGGAAGCCGAGCCUCCGCCACCAUCCGUCGAUAAGUCCAAGUACAGACCGAAAUCGCCGCCGGAUUUUAAGAGCAAGUUUAUCGAAGAGAUGGAAGCUCGGGAGCGCAGGAAGGUUGAAGCCGAGCUAGAGGAACGGGAGAAUCAGCGCAUACGAAUGAUAACCGAGCACGAGCGACCUCCCCCGGACCGUUACUUUGGCCAAAGAAUCCACGCCUGGGUGCUCCUGCUGCCGAACCUCCCGGACACUUCGGUGGGGCCGGCCUCCGAGAUAACGGAGUCCCUAUUCAUCGAGCCGUCCACCGGCGUCUCGUAUCCACCCCGAGAACCCGCCACCGGAAACCUGUACCUCGGUAUCGAGAGCAUUUGGAACAACCGUAAUUACUGGGUGAACAUGCAAAACUGCACGGAGGCUUGCACGGGACUCGAGUGGGAUUUGUCGGACGUCAAAUUGUGGGAACACUUCCUGGCCGGGGAGCCGAGGGAAUUGCGAAACGUCGAAGACGACGAGGACGAGGAGGUACAAGUGCGCCGGGACUUUCACAUGGUCAUGCCUGCGUCUUACGUCGAGCGCAUCGAGAUACCGUACGAAGAUUACGAGCUGCGAUAUCCGAACGGGAAGAAGACCAUUUAUUUCAAAAAGUGCAGGGUCGACUUGUAUGGUCCGUAUUUACGGCCGGACGGUUUGAUCGAAAGAGUCACUCAGUACCGGGAGUACGAGUAUAGGACGAGGACAUUCAUCAACGAAUACUUUAGCAAUCGCAGCGAUGGCCUCGUGAGAUCUGACAAAGAUGUGGUCAAGGAAAUCGUCAGCGAUCAUUACGCGUUAGGCCGGAAGGAUUUUUGCAAAGUCCAUCAGUAUUUCGCAAAUAGCUCGGGUACCGUUGACGAGGAGCGAACCAUCGAGUUCUACGCCGGCAGAAGAUUCGACGAGCUCCGUCGUAUGAAAAUGAAUCCAUUUUACGCAUCGCAAGACUACGAAAAUCGUGAUGAUCGUCUUUACAAUCGCUUUGUCGAAUUUUCUCCCUACAGCGAGGAGUACGUGGAAAAUAAUAUUCAUUAUCGAAAUCUAGCAAAAAUCGUAGAAAAGUUUCACAGAAACGAAGAGUUGCCGGCGAGCAAAGACGUCGCGGUACGUGAGUUCAAUUUCGUAGACAAUGAGAUUCGUCUGACUUAUCACUACGACGUGGGCGAGUACACGCAAGCCACUCGGACGUUCAUAAAGCCACCUGUGACUGAAAGAGGAGAUAAGCUCGUUUUCACGCCCGACAUGACCUACGCGUAUAAUCCCAAUCCGCUAGCUUUGCCCGAAAACUUUGACGAUUUAAUCGAGGAGUUGGAAAAGCUGUUGAACGAGGAGGAACUUUCGGUAAUGCAAGUCCGAAAGGCCGAGUCUGAAAUAUUUAAGUUCCUGUCGGUCAGGGCAAAGGAGUACUCGAAACCUGAACUCGAGGUUUACGCGUUCGAUCCCAUCAGGAACGAGGAAGCUUUAGCUGGCCUGAUGGCAAAGGUGGAAAAAUUGAAGGCUCAAAGUAAACGAGAAUUGGAGGGAAAAGUCGAUUUUUUGCAACCGUAUUUUGCGCGAAUCGGUAAUCUGAAGUACCUAACACUGAAGCAAGCGACCGAAAUCAGAGAUGCCUGCCUGAAUGAUUUCAAGCAGGCUCUGGUCAACAGGGCCAAUCACAUUUUACGAGAAUUCGAGAAAUGCAGCGAUGAAUUGGAAAAUUGGCAAUCAGCGCUUACCAAUUCGGAGGGUAUGAGCAAAGAAGAGAAAGAAUCGCUGCUGGAAAAGGUCAACAAAGCUAAUCUGAGACUUCGUACGCUGGAAGUGCGAUUGGCUCGUCAUCGCGAUCUCGCGUCGUUCCGAUACAACAGAGUCGUCGAGAUCGUGAAAUCGGACAAGCGUCUUUCCAUCCUUUACGAACGUUGACUCGAAAAGUUAAAAAUUCUAGAAAAAAAAAAAAAAA